AUGACCACUAUUGACCCUGUUUUCAAGGUAUACCACAACUGUGAUGAUGGAGUUAGGCCCGGCAAGCGAAAGUUGAAGUUCCGUAUCCCUUCAUCCUACAUCACUAAUGGGCCUGUUGCUAGACGCACUUUCGAUAUCGGAGUGCUCAACUUGGAAACGAUUUUCCCCGACGAACAACGGGAACUGUACUAA